AUGCAUCCUUUUCCUAGCUUUGCGGAAGCUGUAGAUCAGCUCACUGUGGAAUUCACCCUAUUAAAGCCUCUCAUUCCCACGUAUACCCAUCUCAUACUUUCUACGCUAUUUGCUCUAUACAUCGGCUGUCAUGCAUCGAUUUCAAGACCCCCAUCAGCUAAGAAGGACUCCAGAGAAGAAAAAGAAGAAGACGAUACAGAUGAAGCUGUUGUCCAAAAGAUGGGUGGCCUGGAGCCAUCAGAUGCUAUAAUGUUUCCGAUCCUCUCUGGUCUCACACUCAGCGGGCUCUAUCUCCUGAUAAAGAACUUUGACACCGAGUAUUUAAGCAAGAUCCUAAACUGGUACUUUGCUCACGCCAGUUUUAUAUUUGGUAUAGCUUUCAUCCGGGAUGCUAUUACGAUAUUCAGGUCCUUUGUCUUCCCUACCCGCUACCUUCACAAAGGCACCCUGUGGAAGGCCAACCAGGAAAAGCGAGUCUACGAAGCAGUUACUUCAGAAGGCUCAUCGCCCGAAACUCGUCUAUCGCCAUUACCUGGCAUAUUGGGAACAAUAUCUCUCCCAGAAUCUGUGCAGAAUCAUCUCUGGCAGCUACGGGGAGCUUCUUAUCAGAAGUUAAAUUUCCAGGCUUACAUCCGGUCUCUCGUGGAUCUCACAUUCCCUUUCAAUAUCAUUGACGUGCUUGGUGUUAUUUUAUCUGGAAUUGUGGUCCUCUUCUCUGCAUUUGGCCCACGCCCAUGGUGGCUCACAAACUUCCUAGGAUUCUGCUUUUCCUAUGGUGCACUCCAGUUCAUGUCGCCCACUACAUUCUGGACGGGAACCCUGAUAUUGAGCUCUCUAUUCUUCUACGACAUAUACUUUGUCUUUUUCACGCCCAUGAUGGUCACUGUUGCCACGAAACUUGAUAUUCCGAUUAAGCUUGUCUUCCCACGUCCACCUCCUCCUGGCGAGACCAAAGCAGCAGAAGCAAUGCUAGGAUUGGGUGAUAUCGUGGUACCAGGGAUGAUAAUUGGGCUUGCCUUGCGGUUCGACCUUUACUUGUACUACUUAAGAAAACAGAGUCGACAAGGGCAAUCAAGUUCAAAGGACGAUGACCGAGUUGAAUACAAGAAUGCUGCCGGCGGAUGGGGUGAAAGGUUCUGGGGAUGUAGCUUCAAAGGAGCCAAUGUUCCCCAGCAUGAAGAAGUAUACUUUGAGGCAAAAUCGUUUCCAAAAACAUAUUUUAUUGCCGGAUUAGUCGGAUAUGUCGUUGGUAUAGUAGCAACAUUGUUAUCGAUGCAGUUAUCUAAACAUCCACAGCCCGCGCUACUAUUCCUUGUCCCAGGAGUUCUAAUUUCUCUCUGGGGCACAGCAUUCGCAAAGGGCGACCUGCAAACCAUGUGGAACUUUUCUGAUGAAGUUGAAGACGAGGAGGACAGCAACGAGGACGAAACAAAUGAGCCUCCAGCAAGCGAUUCCUUUAUGGAGGGACUUCUAAGAAAAAUCUUACCCCCGGCCUGGGCCACUCGGGUAAUUGGCCGGGACAACAAGAGCGCACCCGACGAUGGCGAAUCUAACAGAGAUUCCGGUCCAAAGAACUCGGGUAAUGAUGGAUGUAACGACGGUACUGGUAGCAGCGAGGAGGGCCCCCUCGCGGAGAAGAAGUCUCGUUCGAAGUCUGAGCUUGUUUCGCUUUCCAUCUCAUUGUUUACAGGGAUAGAAUCGCAAAAGGAGCCAGCGGAGGAAGAUAACCUUGUCUCCAAGCCUCAGUCCUCGACGAGUUCCUCGCCAGUUCUUGUUGCUAAGGAAGAAGAACGCCCAUUGAAGAAAAGACGGGGAUAUAAAUAG